UUUGCCAACAUGUUACAAAAAACAUUAUGGAAGAAGUUUUAGACAUAAUUUUUUCAGGAUCAACAAGUAGCUCUUUGAUUGAUUUUGAAACUACUAAUGAUAUAACUGUAGAGUUAGUAACUGGUGAAAUGCCUAGAACAACAGAAUUACUUGUGAAAAUAGAGCCAGAUGAUGAUUAG